CAGGGGGUGAAGUACAUGUUUGGCGUCGUGGGCAUCCCGGUGACCGAAAUCGCCUUUGCCGCCCAGGAGCUGGGCAUCAGAUACGUCGGGAUGAGGAAUGAGCAAGCGGAGUUGUCUUGUUAUUGUCCUAUGUGAAUUUGGCCUUAUGUGCAAAGGGAAAAGAGAUAAGGGCCAAUAGAGAAGAGCAACACAGAGAAUGUACAGAGCCUUUGUGCAGCUUCUUAGUGGCCAUAUGGUAGUGGUGCCAGGUAAGAGUAUGAUUCAUAAAAAUUUAUUUUUAAUUUUUGACGCUUAUAUUCUUAACAUGGAUUUACUUAAGUUCAGUAUACCACAUGUAAAGUUGAAUGGAGGUUAAAAAGUACCCAAUUUAUUAUUAUUUCCCAAAAAAUGAGAAGAAAUAAUACUGGAAAAAUGAUGUCCCAGACUAAGAAGAAGGAUUUAUCUGAGACGGCUUUUAGCAUUUUUCCAGGUUAUCUUGUGUUUAAUUUAGCACCUCCCUUUUCUUCCUGUUAUGAGCUGAAGUGCAGUUUAAAAGUGAAAAAUAACCACAUGCAGGCCAUAAAGGACCUCUCCACAAAUCUCCAAGGAUUGAAAACAUACAGUAUAUACAGCCUGACUAUGUGGAAAUAAACUGGAAUUCAAUAACAGAAAGAUAACUAGAAAAUCCCAAAAUAUUUGAAAAUUACUCAAUUGAUGCUUUGUAAAUAUAUGAAAAGAUUAAUAAAAUCAAUAAACUUCCAGAUAGACUGAAUGUUCAAGAAUAAAAGAGGAAAAAUACAAAUUACCAAUAACAGGAAUGAAAAAGGAGACAUCACUGUGGACCCUAAUUAACCAAUGGGUUGAAGAAGAAAUCACUGUAGAAAACAUUUUGAAUUGAAUGAUAGUGGAAAGAUAAGAUAUCAACCUUGUAAGCUAUAGCUAAAGCAGAUCUUAGAGGAAAUAGUUUUAAGUGAAUCUAUUAGGAAAGAAGAUAAAAAACCAAUACUCUGAACUUACAUUUAAGAAGCCAAAAAAAGAAACCAAGUUUAAACCCAAAAUGAAAGGAGUAAAAUAAUAAAUACAAGAGCAGAAAUCUGUGAAAUAGAAAACAAGUCAACAAUAGAGAAAAAAUUAACAAAGACAAAAAUUGGUUCUUUGAAAAGAUUAAUAAAUUUAAGUCUGUAGCAACACCGAUGAAGAAUAAAAGAGAAAAAGUGCAAAUUGCCAAUAUUAGGAAUAAGAAAGAGAACGUUCCUGUUGAUCCUGUAGAUAUUUAAGCAAUUGUAAGAGGAUAUUAUGAAUAAACUAGAUAAUACGGACAAAUUCCUUGAAAAUCUAACUAGAUUAGACACUAAACCAUUAUUUGAAAUUUACAGGUAGAAAAGUACUUGAUAAAAUGGAAAGCAUUUCAAUUCCUCCUUUACCAUUAAGUUCUGGUCUCUAACUUAAUUGUAGAUUAUUAUACACUGACCCCAAUAUGCUUAAGUCUUGGUGUUUUUUCUUUGUAGGCUUGUUAUGCUGCUUCCGUGGUUGGAUAUCUGACAGACCGGCCAGGAGUAUGCCUUGUUACCUCUGGCCCAGGUCUCAUCAAUGCCUUGAGUGGUAUGGCAAAUGCAAACAUGAACUGCUGGCCCUUGCUUGUAAUCGGUGGUUCCUGUGAAAGAAGUCAGGAAACAAUGGGAGCCUUCCAGGAGCUUCCUCAGGUGGAAACUUGUAGAUUAUAUAGCAAGUUCUCUGCCCGGCCAAGCAGCAUACAAGCUAUUCCCUCUAUUAUUGAAAAGGCGGUGAGAAGCAGUAUGUAUGGCCGUCCAGGUGCUUGCUAUGUUGACAUGCCUGCAGAUAUCGUGGACCUCAAGGUGAAUGUGAGUUCUAUAAAGUACGUGGAGUGCUGCAUGCCACCUCCUGUUAGUAUGGCAGAAGGCUCUGCUGUGUGUAUGGCAGCAUCUGUUCUUAGGAAUGCCAAGCAGCCCCUUAUCAUCAUCGGGAAAGGUGCGGCUUAUGCCCGUGCAGAGGAGGCUGUGCGGAAAUUGGUGGAGCAAUGUAAAUUGCCUUUUUUGCCAACUCCCAUGGGAAAGGGUGUUAUUCCUGACAACCAUCCAAACUGUGUAGGUGCUGCCAGGUCCAGGGCUUUGCAGCUUGCUGAUGUAAUUGUGUUAUUUGGUGCCAGAUUAAAUUGGAUUUUGCAUUUUGGACUGCCUCCACGAUUUCGGCCAGAUGUGAAGUUUAUCCAGGUUGAUAUCUGUGCAGAAGAAUUGGGGAAUAAUGUAAGACCUGCUGUGACUUUGUUAGGAGACAUAAAUGCUGUCACUAAACAGCUUUUAGAACAAUUUGAUAGAACACCGUGGCAGUAUCCUCCAGAGAGCAAGUGGUGGAAAACUCUGAGAGAAAAAAUGAAGAGCAAUGAAGCUGUAACCAAGGAAUUAGCUUCCAAAAACUCCCUGCCUAUGAAUUAUUUUACGGUGUUCUACCAUGUUCAAGAACAACUACCCAAGGACUGUUUCGUGGUAAGUGAAGGAGCAAAUACUAUGGAUAUUGGACGCACUGUGCUUCAAAACUACCUUCCUCGGCACAGGCUUGAUGCUGGUACUUUUGGAACGAUGGGAGUCGGUUUGGGAUUUGCCAUUGCAGCUGCUGUAGUGGCUAAAGAUAGAAACCCAGGACAGCGGGUCAUCUGUGUGGAAGGAGACAGUGCCUUUGGGUUUUCUGGCCUGGAAGUGGAGACCAUCUGCAGGUACAACUUGCCAAUUGUACUUCUGGUGGUGAAUAAUAAUGGAAUUUACCAAGGUUUCAAUGCAGAUACUUGGAAGGAAAUGUUGAAAUUUGGAGAUGCUACUUUUGUAGCCCCGCCACUCUCUCUUCUGCCAAACGCACAUUAUGAGCAGGUCAUGACUGCAUUUGGAGGUAAAGGGUAUUUUGUACAAACUCCAGAAGAACUCCAAAAGUGCCUGAGUCAGAGCUUGGCAGACACAACUAAACCUUCUCUUAUCAACAUUAUGAUUGAACCGCAAGCUACACGGAAGCCCCAGGAGUUUCACUGGCUGACCCGCUCUAAUAUUUAAAUGAAGAUGCCAAUGAGUGGUCUUAAGGAGUUUUCUCUUUCCUGUAAGAUGGAAUUUUAUUUCCCACAGCAAAAUUACCUUAAUGUUAAAAUUCUUGUGCAAAAAGAAAUAAAAACAUUUCCAAAUGACA